AUGAACGACCAGGCAGAUGGUCCACAUGAAUAUACCUUAGUAAAGGAACGAAAACCUCGUUCUACGCCUAUAAAAAGGAGGAAAAAACGUGCUGUUGGUCACCGUACGAUUAUUGAUAUUCAUUUAGAAGUUUUAGACGAAUGUCAGAAAGAGGAUCUGCAUUUGACGAAGGAAAACUUUUUUGAAAUUUUGGUUCAAGAAUUUAUGGGAUCACAGUUUAUAAAAGAAAAAAAUGUUCCUAAGGAAGAUCUUCCUAUGGAACAUGUUCCAAGGAGGAAGAUUUUCUUCCUAAGGGAGCUGUUCCUACUGAAGAUGUUCUUAAGGAACAGGUUUAAAGUUCAAAUUCCAUGUUUAGGGGAGGAAGACUUUGUUCCUAAGGAAGAUGUUCAGGAGCAAGAUGUUCCAAGUUCGGAUUAUGGGUUUAGAAAGGAAGAGUUUGUUCCCAAGGAAGAGGUCCAAUGUUCAGAUUCCGGGUUUAGGGAGGAAGACCUUGUUCCUAAGGAAGGUGUUUCUAAGGAAGAUGUUCCUAAGGAACAGGUUCCAAGUUCAGAUUCCGGGUUUAGGGAGGAAGGCAUUGUUCCUAAGGAACAAGUUUCUAGGGUUGAUGUUCCUAAGGAUUAG